AACUAGUGGUGUUUGAGAGGCCUGUGUUCACGAGACAGCCAGUGAACCAGGUGGUGUUGGCAGAUGACACGGUAGACUUCUUCUGCGAGGUACACGGAGACCCAACUCCAACUGUACGCUGGCGGAGAGAGGAGGGAGAGUUGCCCCGGGGCAGAUUUGAGAUUCGCAGUGACAGCAGUCUGCGUCUGACUCAGGUGCGAGCUGAGGAUGAGGGCACUUACACCUGUGUGUCAGAGAACAGUGUGGGCAAAGCUGAGUCAUCGGGGACCCUGCAGGUGCAUGUCGGUCCAUCCAUGCCUCCCCAGAUCGUGGUUCGGCCGCGGGACCAGAUCACAGCUCCGGGUCGCACCAUAACCUUCCUCUGUGGCACCAAAGGAAAUCCUCCGCCGGCCGUCUUCUGGCAAAAAGAAGGCAGCCAGAUCUUGCUAUUUCCCAUCCAGGAGCCAUCACAGUCAGGUCGUUUCUCUGUGUCGCUGAGUGGUGAGUUAACCAUUGCUGACGUCCAAGUCGAAGACUCUGGCUAUUACAUCUGCCAGGCCAUCAGCGUGGCCGGCAGCAUCCUGACCAAAGCCCUGCUAGAGGUGGAAAGCGCACCUUCGGACCGUGUACCCCCCAUCAUCCGUCAGGGACCAGCCAAUCACACCUUAGCUCCAGGUUCCACUGCUCAGUUACACUGCCACAUCAUGGGCAACCCCAUCCCCAGCAUCCAGUGGGAGAAAGACGGCCAGAGGAUCCUGGGGAACGAUGGUCGAGUCAGCUUGAUGGAGAACGGCACCUUCCAAAUCACCAACCUCCAGGAAACGGACUCUGGAGUUUACACCUGUCUGGCUUCGAGCUCCAGUGGAGAGACGAGUUGGAGUGGAGUGCUCACAGUCAAAGAGAACGCAGACACAUCAGCAGCCCAGUCCACCGAGCCCUUCCAGUUGCCAGGUCCGCCGCACAAACCCAUAGUCACAGAUGUGUCAAAGAACAGCGUCUCUCUGACCUGGCAACCCAAUGCCCACGAGGGAGGAGCUGCUGUCACCUCCUACAUCAUUGAGGCCUUCAGCCAAUCAGCAGGCAGCACCUGGCAGACCGUAGCCGACACGGUCAAGAUGGAAACACACACAAUCAGCGGCCUUCUCCCCAAUACCAUCUACCUGUUUAUUGUCCGAGCCGUCAACGCCUACGGCCUGAGCGACCCGAGCCCCAUCUCUGAGCCUGUCCGAACACAAGAUGUGAGUCCUACAGGUCAGGGGGUGGACCACAGGCAGGUGCAGAGGGAGCUGGGAGAGGUGGCCGUCCAGCUUCAAGAGCCUGUCGCACUAACUGCAGCUUCUGUUCAAGUACCUUGGACUGUGGACCGACAGUCUCAGUACAUCCAGGGCUACCGUCUCUUCUACCGACCCAGCGGGGGAACCUGGCUCCUUCAGGACAUCAACUCCUCCUCUGAACGCAGCACCGUCCUCACCAGCCUGCUCAAAGGAACUGAGUACGAGCUAAAGAUCCGUCCUUAUUUUGAUGAAUUCCAGGGAAAGGACAGCCGAACAUUACUGGUUCGAACCCCAGAAGAAGUCCCCAGUGCCCCCCCCAGAGCUGUUACAGUGGCAACAGUGAAGCUAAGCAACAGCUCCAGCAUCAGUGUCUCCUGGGAGCCUCCACCCAGCGAGAUGCAGAAUGGCAUCAUCCAGGAGUACAGGGUCUGGUGUGUGGGCAGCAGUGGAGACAACCAGACACGCUACUACAUCAACAAGACGGUGGAUGGAAACACGUUGUCCACGGUGCUGAAAGGCCUGAUGCCCAGUGUGCUCUACAAGGUGGAGGUGGCGGCGGUGACCAGCGCCGGCGUCGGCACUCGAAGCCAACCGGUGUCGGUCUUCUACAAGCUGCCAGCUGAACAGCCCUCCAUGCCAGGCAGUGGAGGCACUGGAGGCAGUGGAGGCGGUGGAGGUGCCGGCAGCGGCAGCGGGGAGAGCAACCUAAGUCUGGCCGAGCAGAUUACCGACGUGGUCAAGCAGCCAGCAUUCAUCGCAGGCAUUGGCGGAGCCUGCUGGGUCAUCCUCAUGGGCUUCAGUGUCUGGAUCUACUUUAGGCGCAAGAAAAGGAAGGAGCUGAGCCACUACACCGCCUCCUUCGCCUACACACCAGCAGUUGGUUUUCCUCAUGGAGAAGGAUCAGGACUCAGUGGAAGGCCCGGUGUGCUGGGAGGCAACAUGGGCAACUACCCGUGGCUGGCGGACUCUUGGCCCACCACCAACUUGGUCCACAGCGGUAAAGAGGCAGUCAGCUGCUGCAGCACCAGUCACGACACAGCUGAGAGAUACUACAAUGACGCUGGUAUCUCCAACUACCUGAAUCAGACGGAGAAGUACAGCAUGGGGGGCUCCACUGAAGGUCCCAUCUACAGCACAAUAGAUGCCACCAGCGAAGACCUACACAGCUUCACCUACACCCAACACGCCUCCACCGCCCCCUAUGCCUCCACCUCCAUCAUGCCCUUCACCAGCCAAACGCAGGCGCCAGCCCACGGCAGUGAGCAGCAGGAUGACGGACACUGGAUCACCCAGCCGGGGCCCUCUGGGGCUCAGUACGCCCAGCCAGACCGCUGCAACGGUAAGCCCAAGCAGAAGGCGAUGGGUAAGGCUGUCAAGACCCCAUCUCUGACCUGGAUGGAGGCACUGCCCCCACCUCCCCCCAUUGGAGAGCUGGAACAGUGUGAGCAGGAUGAGCAGCCCCCAGAGCACGAGGACAUGGACUUAGGCUCGGACGAAGAGUGGUGUCCUCCCCUCCCAGAGAGGACCUAUCUGAUGGAGGGCUGCGAGGACGGACCCUCUCCCCCGCAGAGGAACGGCACCUCCUCUCCAGCCACCUCCUACAGUCACCAGUCAACUGCCACCCUCACCCCAUCGCCCCAUGAGGAGACCCGAGUCCCACAUGACCUUCCCCGCCUCAACCAGCAAGAUGGUCAUCACCUGUCACGCAGAAGGUUACCCUGCGGACCUGUGCCAGUUCCCCAGGCGCCAAGCCCAGCGCUCACCCUGUCCAACCCCAACCUUUCAGGCCAACAGCAUCACGGCUCAUCAGAGGUUGGCACGUUGGAGUGCCAGAGUCCUGCCCAUCGCUGCCUCCACAGCCAGGGGCCAGUGCUGACUGAAGCCAAUGGCAGCACGACUACACCCGUGCACAGUCGCUCAUCCCCAGCAGAUGCAUGCACUCCACCCAGCCAAAAAUCACGAGUGAAAAAAAAGGUGUCUAAGAGUACAGCAUACCGGAGAGACAAACAAGGAGACCUGCCACCACCUCCGGAGCCGCCCCCAGAGGAGGACAGGUUGCACGGUCCCCAGAGGUGCGUGGAGGCCAACAGUGUGGCGAACGGUCCUCUGUCUUCCCUGGAAAGGAGCGAGUACAGCAGCAGUAGCCACCAGCGGAAAGGCUCAGGGCCCAAACCUGCCGACAAUGAGGAGAUGCUGCUGUACGGCAGUAAGGCGGGCUACCUCUCCAGGAGUCAGAUGUCCGGUAACUGUUCGACCACAGGAAGCUCCUCAUCCAGGGGGUCCACAGGCUCCCGGGGGCUCAACUCCGCCAGGAAACAUAACGAGGAAAUGAGAUAAGAUCACUAGUGACUGUCAGUGUACCUGCGAUGCCUCCAUCAUCCACCAUCUCUUCACCAUGGACACAGUAAGGCGAACAAGAGGAAACAUUUAGGUCUUCAGGAUGCCAGACUCUGUCAUUGCUGCAAAAGAAAGAACAACGGACUUUAUAGCUUGUUUUUUGGUAUUAUUUGAGCUAUCGAGUUCAUUCCUCAACCUUGAUUUGUAAAUACCUGUGGCUGUACUGUUCUUUUGUCGGCUCUGGAUACAGGGGAAGAGACGGUUGUAU